CAUAUUAACCCAACUUUAACUUAAAAGUUGUAUUUUGAUUAUGCCGAAUUUCUUUUUCUUCCUUAUUUUCUCUGUAAAAUCUAUCUGUAAAUAAUAAAUAAAACAGAAACCCAGAAAUUAGAAAAAAUGGCACUACUCUUAAGAACAUGGGUCAAAAAUUAUGGAAGACGAUGUUGUAUAGAAAUCAGUCAUUCAAAAUACACCUGCCUUGUAAAUACAAAAAUUACCGAGAAUAAAAUUAAGGUGACGACUUGCCUGCAAAGGAGAAAUUAUUCAUCCAAACAAACUCCACCAAUUUCAUCGUCAAUUGAAAUUUACUCGGGCAUUUUAACUCGACAAAUUCGUAAUAUUAAAGUAUUUUCAUUAUGCACAUCAUGCCUCGGCAUAAUGGCACAACCGAUAAUUUAUCAAAAAAUGGCACAGAGCAGUGGUUUAGGAACAAUAAUUGGUGUCUCAGUAUUUUUCUCUCUAUUUGCAAUAGGAACGCCACUACUUCUUAAUUUAAUAACAAAAAAGUACAUCACCCAUAUCGAAUACGUACCGGAAGAGGAUAAAUACGUCGCAUCAACGUACACAUUAUUUUUGCAAAAAAGAAAGUUGAACUUCGAGCCAAAGGACGUUUUCGUCCCGGACGUCCCAGGAAUGUUCACUUCGUGUUUAAUAAAAAAAACACCUCUAUUCAUAACUCCGGAAUCAUUUCAAGAUUUACAUCACUACAAACGAAUAAUGGGCUACGACAAGCCAAUUGAUUUAAAGCUUGAAACUCCGUUAAACAGUGACGAAAAAGCCGCCGAACCUAGUAAAUAAUAAACAGAGGAAUUAGUUAGAAAUAAAAAAACAAAUCGUUUGGAAA